GCGCUCUACUAUACCGGAGGUAUGGCUCCAUUAAUCUAAAGCAGAGCAUCGAUCGUGCUGACAUGAUUUAUUUAGAAGAUCAACCGACGACCCCUACCUAUGCUUAUCCUUUGGAAAGACACCAAGUGGAAACCACACUCGUCACCAUCAUAUGCAUUUCUACCAUUGUGACUAAUGCCAUUGCCAUCUUAAGUGUGGCAACUUCGGUAUUCCAAAGAGAAUCUAUCGAUUAUUACUUACUUUCGUUACUAGUCUGCGACCUGUUAUGCGGUAUCUUCAUAUUGCCCCUUUCAAUAUACUCGGCAUCCACAGGUGAAUGGAUUUAUGGAGACUUUUUAUGUAAACUUACAGGUUAUAUGGAAAUCACACUAUGGACCAUAACGGUAUAUACUUUCAUGUGGAUGUCGGUGGAUCGAUAUUUAGCCAUCAGGAAACCUUUACGCUAUGUGGUCCUACAAACUAGAACUAGAUGCCAAUGUUGGGUACUAUUUACAUGGUUAACAUCCGUGUUUUUGUGCUCUCCUCCACUUCUAGGAUUUUCCACAGGUAAUUUUUACAAGGAUGGUUACAUAUGUACUCUCGACUUGAAGAAUAUGAUACCAUACAGCAUUACUCUAGCUAUACUGGUUCUUGCACCAAGUGUUAUAACAAUACUGUAUUCUUAUUUUUUCAUAUUCAUCACCAUGUAUCGUUUAAGGCAAUACAUGACUCAAGAGGAGAGAGAAUAUGCCACUGCAACUAGUGAAAAUCUAUCGAAUCCCGAUCACAUGAUGUCUUUUAUUUUGACAAUAGUUUUUUGGAUCUCGUGGUUUCCAUGGUUUGGACUUAGGAUAUGGGAAGAAGCCAAUGGUUACCUCACAGAUCACUAUUAUCAUUUUUUCUUCCUAUGGUUUGGAAUUUUGGACUGCGUAUGGAAACCUUUAAUUUAUGCCAGCAUAAGCCCCAAAUUUCGUAUUGGUAUGAGAGUAUUUUGCACCAGUUUAUGCUGCAGAAGGAAAUUUAGACAACAAUUAAUAGUUUGAAGUCUAAACACAAAUUUUAAAUCAACCUUAAAAAAAAUCCGGCCAUGCACACACGUCACGUAUUUUGGGAAGAGAAAGAAAAAAAAAAAAAAGCAUAAAAGGGGUCGAACAACGAUGACAAGUUGGAAGGAGGACAAAAGAUAAAGAUCUUUUUAUACAAAAGGCAAUCUGGAUCUUAACCAAAUUCGUCCACUCUCGUAAUUCCGGCAACAAACACGCAUUAAAACUUCUGAAAGGUUAUUUAUUUAUUUAUUUUUUGAUACAUCGCUUGAAAAUUUUGGCAAGUGGAAAAGUCACAUGGCCUAUUUUGUAAAUUGCCAUCAGCGGAUUCGAUUAUCGAAACACGUACCGUACAACGCGUGUACGAAGUUGAUCGCCUUAUAAUCGAAUUUGUACGACUUAAAAGCGACCGUGUACAUUUUUUCUUUGUAAACUCAAUGUAUUUAGUUAAUUUAUUGAUUUGAUAUAAGAAAAUGUAUCUUUGUUUUAAAACACACUCAAAUAAACGACCAUUUAAGUAUGUUAGAUGAUUUACUUCUUUAGUAAGUGCUCCAACUUUGAAUUGAUCUCAAGAAAAAAAAAUUCCCCAUUUCAUUUUCUAUUUUUAUUCUACAGAAAUGCAAUUAUUCAUAAAGAUUUAUUUUUAAAUAUUAAGAUGGAUCGAAAUACAUAAUCAAAAAUUGCUAUUGAUUAGCAUAUAAUAUUGAUGGAUUGCAAGAAUUCAAGGAAGUUUGAAGUUAUAUAUAUAUAUAUAUGGCUAUUUAAUAAAGAAACCUGUCCACAUUUCCUCACAUCAUUUAUAAUAUCUUAAAUAUAAUUAACUCCUGUAAAUCUACAUUAAUAGCAAAGUUAAUAAGGUUUUAAGAUUCAUAACUUGUAGCCCAUUAUAAAAAUAAAACUAAGUCAUUUUAAUGGAAUUUUAAGU